UGCAAAAAGAGGGGAGGAUAAUUCCCGACACAGAGCGGAUUUUGAUGGUCAGCCCGGCGUCAGUUCCUAACGUUCGGAAGAGAAAACAAGCGAAGGUGAUGGAGAAGAGGGGACCGAAGAGGAUCCGGUUUUCGGCUAUGGAUUCCUUCGACAUUGAUGUCAUACGUCGGGAAGUAUAUGCGAUGUACGCAGAGACCGAAUGCCCGACCCGUGAUUCCAUACUUGCACGGCUCAAGAAGGAAGGCGAGGAUGGGGAAAAUUUUCAUUUCCCAUAUGGAAGAACGUCUCUCCAACAUAUUUUAUGGCAGGAAUUGGGUUUCAAGGUUAAAAAGUUUGAUCGGAAAGAGAUGGUGAUGUUGAAACCUCAUGUUCAAGCUGCCUUGUACGAUACUCAUGACCUUGUGAGGAAAGGCUGGAGCGACGGGUCAAGGGAAUGCCUCCUCAGCCAUCCCCAAAGUCGAGGGAAGAAAAUUAUCAUUCUCCAUACCGGGUCGGCAGCUGGAUGGCUCCCCAACACUCUACUUUUGUCAUCGUGGAAUAUUACAGAGUCAGGAGCUGAUUGCCACUCGGACAUGAAUUCCUCCCUGUUUGAGAUUUGGGUGAAGAAGAUGCUUCUAGAAAAUCUGCAGGGAGACUGUGUUGUAGUGAUGGAUAAUGCCCCAUACCAUCCUCGGAGGAUAGAUGGGAUACCUACCAAAUCAUCAAGCAGAAGUGACAUCAUGAAAUUCCUUGGAGAACAUGACGUCAUCGUACUUGAGGAUCAGUGGAUGAAGGUGGUUGGAAUCAAGCCAACAAAGGCAAUGCUUCUUGACGGGAAAGGAGAGGCGUACCAGUUGAGUAGAUUAGUGGAGUGA